AUAUAUAAAUCCAGCAGGGCUAGUAGUUGUGGGUGCUUUCACUGCCCUAUAACCUGCUUCAUUGUCAAUUGACAGUGAGUCUCUUUGGAGCUAGGAGCGGUCGACAUCUUGAAUUGGAGUAAGAAAUCACUCCUCGUGGCCUGUUAUGACUGAGAGGCUGCCAUCAUGAUUGGAGGAUUGUUCAUCUACAACCACAAGGGGGAGGUGCUGAUCUCCCGCGUCUACCGUGAUGACAUAGGGCGCAACGCGGUGGAUGCGUUCCGCGUCAACGUGAUCCACGCGCGGCAGCAGGUGCGCUCGCCGGUCACCAACAUCGCCCGCACCAGCUUCUUCCACGUCAAGCGCUCCAACAUCUGGCUGGCGGCGGUCACCAAGCAGAAUGUCAACGCCGCCAUGGUGUUCGAGUUCCUCUACAAGAUGUGCGACGUCAUGACGGCCUACUUCGGCAAGAUCAGCGAGGAGAACAUCAAGAACAACUUUGUGCUGAUCUACGAGCUGCUGGACGAGAUCCUGGACUUUGGCUACCCUCAGAACUCGGAGACUGGCGCACUGAAGACCUUCAUCACUCAAACGGGCAUCAAGAGCCAGUCCAAGGAGGAGCAGUCUCAGAUCACCAGUCAGGUGACUGGGCAGAUCGGUUGGCGUCGCGAGGGCAUCAAGUACCGUCGCAACGAGCUCUUCCUGGAUGUGCUGGAGAGCGUCAACCUGCUGAUGUCUCCACAAGGCCAGGUGCUGAGUGCCCACGUCUCGGGCCGCGUGGUGAUGAAGAGCUACCUGAGCGGCAUGCCGGAGUGCAAAUUUGGAAUGAACGACAAGAUCGUCAUCGACAAACAGGGCAAAGGGGGCGCCACCGAGGAGGCGGCGGGCAAGAGUGAUUUGGGGGGCAGUGGCGGUGGUGGCGGUAAGCAAUCCAUAGCUAUUGACGACUGUACAUUCCACCAGUGUGUGCGUCUCAGUAAGUUUGACGCUGAGCGCAGCAUCAGCUUCAUUCCUCCGGACGGAGAAUGUGAACUCAUGAGGUACCGCACCACCAAGGACAUCAUCCUACCCUUCCGUGUCAUCCCCCUUGUCAGGGAGGUGGGCCGCACCAAGCUUGAAGUCAAGGUGGUCAUUAAGUCCAACUUCAAGCCCUCGCUUCUGGCUCAGAAGAUUGAGGUGCGCAUCCCCACCCCUCUCAACACCAGCGGGGUCCAGGUGAUCUGCAUGAAGGGCAAGGCCAAGUACAAGGCCAGCGAGAACGCCAUCGUCUGGAAGAUCAAGCGUAUGGCAGGGAUGAAGGAGUCUCAGAUCAGUGCCGAGAUCGAGCUGCUGCCCACCAACGACAAGAAGAAGUGGGCGCGCCCUCCCAUCUCCAUGAACUUUGAGGUGCCAUUUGCGCCGUCCGGACUCAAGGUGCGCUACCUGAAGGUGUUCGAGCCCAAGCUGAACUACAGUGACCACGACGUCAUCAAAUGGGUGCGCUAUAUCGGCCGCAGCGGCAUCUACGAGACACGCUGCUAACCGCCACCUCACAAUCGGGUGGAAAGAGGGGCGCAACAGGGAAGAGGCUGGAACAAGGGAGGGAGCGAAAGACCAUAACAUGGGACCGUUUCUUUCAGUCUUUUUUCCCCCUGGGCUGGCUGACAAAACGAAAAAAAUCUAUAUAUUGAAAAUUGUUAUAUUAUUAAACGCGUAUAUGUAUAAAUAAUGCAAACAUCCUGUGAAGUACAAAAAAGACCAUCUGCAUCUAAAGGGUAUUUCCCCCUUUUUAAUCUAAACAAAAAAUCCAUUCCACCCCAUGAUAUGUUGUCUACUAUUCCUGUACGUCCCAUCUAUUCCCCAUGGCACUGAAUUAGUGGACGACUGUACCCCUUGCCCAUAACCACAGAUCUAGAAUCAGAUUACGCACCAUACCCUCAAUCCUAAUGUAUUAGGAGGAUAAAAAAAAAAGUAUCUGACCAUGUAUCAUUGGUUUAGGAGUAACUGCUACCCUUCCUCUCUUGAUGCUGGCGUAGGAGUGUGUGUGUGUCGCUCUUCUGUUCUCCUGUAGCAACUAACGUCUCCUGUCCCACCUCUCUUUCCCCAGCCCUGCCCCUGUAUCUGUAUAUCUAACCGGUGGAGUCCCUCUUUAGCCCAGUGUGUAGUUUUCAGCAGUAUGCAGUGUAGAUGCAUCCAUUUAGUGUCAUGCCAUGUUCAAUACAUUUUAUACGUUUUGUUAUUUUAACACCCAGCCUUCCCCGAGUAUUUUAGUCAUGAAUCGUCUUGUGUUUUUGUAUUUAGUGCUUUGUCGUGCUUCUCUAAAGCUCUCUGGCCACCAUUCCAUCGCGCUCACCCUCAGUCCUCCUCUACUAUUUCCAAUAGCUGGUGGUGUCAUUGUUAUUAUGAUUCCUCUUGACACAGAUACAACAAGGACGAUUUUUUUUGCUGUAGUUCCUGUUGUUUUCUGUCUUAAGUGCUGCAGAGAUUCCUUCUGUGUGACCAAAAUUGUCAGUUUUAGGAACAAAAGAAAUGUAGCGAUGACAAUAGACGGGACACAUCAGUCUAUGAAUAUAAAUAUAUAUAAACACAUUUCUAUAUUGUAUGAAUGGUAAAAAUGUGCUAUUGAACAGAGCCAGUUGUUACGGUCUCAAUGGUCUGCUGUUAGUGGUGGUGUUUGUGUAGGAGACUCGGUUGAGCGGAUCUCUCUCCCUCUCUGUGUGUGUGUGUGUGUGUGUGUGUGUGUGUGUGUGUGUGUGUGUGUGUGUGUGUGUGUGUGUGUGUGUGUGUGUGUGUGUGUGUGUGUGUGUGUGUGUGUGUGUGUGUGUGUGUGUGUGUGUGUGUGUGUGUGUGUGUGUGUGUUGCUAUUCUUCCCCAGGACCACGAUCUGCUCAACAUGUCUCAGGAAUCUGAAAUUCUGGCUGCAAAUUCUCAGUUCUGAUCCCGACUGGAAUUCUGACCCUCCCAUACGCUUUACAUUAGCAUAGGUGUAUGUCUUGACCAGUUAAAGGGAUAGUUCACCCAAAUUACAAAUUAGUUUCCUUACUCCGUAAGCAGUCUAUGGACAAGGUAUGACAGCCACAUGCUUUGGUUUAGUUUCCCUGGCACAUGCAAACAUUUUAGCAUUUGUGGCACAAAUCCCAUUCAAGUCAUGGGACCGAUAUUAGCAUUUGUCGCGCAUCAUGUUCAAAUCAAUCUGACAUCCAUUUGGACAUGAUGCAUAAAAAAUGAUAAUGUCGGUCCCAUAACUUCAAUGGGAUUCGUGCCACAAAUGCUCAAAUGUUUACAUGUGGAAACGGUGCCAAGGAAACUAAACCAAAGCACGGCUUGCUGUCAUACCUUGUCCAAAGACUGCUUACAGGGUAAGGAAACUCAUUUGUAAUUUGGGUGAACUAUUCCUUUAAGCUUCGAUAAUCCCCUAUAUUCCAUGUGCACUGAUUUCCCCCACCCAUACAAAAAAAAUAUUGUUUACAACUUCAUUUUGAAAUCAGUUUAAUUUGGAAAUGGAACAAUGGUGUGUGUGUCACCAGAGAGAGAGAAAUGGGCUACGUCCUAAAUAGUACAUUACUUUUAAAGGUGCAAUUUGGGACAGAGACAGAGUGAGUGAGUGUUCAACUCAACUCGGCCUACUGGACUUGGACUGCCUGCAUUUCAAAUGAACAUUUUAAAAUAUUCCACCUUUCUGACAAUGAGUGCGGCUUCAGAUAGCGUUCCUCUUCCAUAUUCCUUCUAGUUAAAUCAUGGCUAUUGUGUGUAUUAAACAAAGGCUAUCAGAUUGUCUGAGCAUUUGCAGUUGCAACAAACACUCAGUGUGACACUACAUCAAGUUUCCAUUCUCUUUUUCUCGGGCACUACGUUCUACCAAUGAACACUAAAAGCGCUUCUGCUAUCUUCUGAAAACCCCUAUCUCUCUGGCUAUCUGUAAUUGCACACUAUUCUCAAAAUCCUAUGGGCCCUGGCCAAAAGUAGUGCACUAUAUAGGCAAUAGGUUGCCAAUUCAGACCUAGUCUCUCUCUGGUCAAUGCCCACUAUGUCAUGCCACACCCUGAGAGAUGGGGGGGGGGGGUCCUGGGGGCUUGACCCUCUGCUUCAAUGUUUCCAUGGGCUCCAUUUGGUAACUAUGUGACUGUCAAGGUAAUCCCAAUAAAAAGGUGUAACCAAUGGAA